ACGAGCGUUUUCGACACUAUUCAAAUUUGAGUUAUUUUAAUCAUUGAACUGAUAAAAAAGUCCUGAAAUGGAAAUAGAUACGUCUGAUGAAGAGUUGUUCCUGUUUCAAAUAUUGCUGGAAGAGGAAGAAAAAACGGAAAAAAAGAAACGUAAACAUAAAAUGUGGGUUCACGAUAUUUGCAGGGAAAGAAAACUAUACGGAGAAUUUCACCAUUUAAUUCCAGAUUUGAAAAAAGACCCUACAAAAUUUUUUGAAUAUUUUCGUAUGUCAGAAGAAAAAUUUGAAGAAUUACUGCAUAUUUUAAAUAACGACCUUAUAAAACAAAAAUCUAAAUUUAGAGAACCAGUAGAGCCAUAUGAACGACUGGCUGUCUGUCUCAGGUUUUUGGCGACUGGCAACUCUUUUCGAUCACUUGCUUUCAGUUUUCGUUUAGGAGAAAAGACUGUAAGAGCUAUAGUCUACGAAACUUGUACAGCAAUAUGGCAGAGAAUGAAAAUUGACACACCUUCGGAAGAACAAUGGGAAACAAUAGCUUGUCAGUUUUGGGAUAAAUGGAAUUUUCCCAACUGUAUAGGUUCGUUAGACGGGAAACAAGUUGUUAUAGAAUGUCUCGCAAAAAGUGGAUCGAAAUUCUUUGGCUAUAAAAAAACAUUUUGUGUGGUUUUAUUAGCUUUGGUAGGCGCCGAUUAUAAAUUUCUGGUGGUCGACAUUGGCGGCCUAGGGAAAAACUCCGAUGGAAAUAUUUUUUCGAAUUCCAAUUUCGGAAAAGCGCUAGCAGAGAACAGACUGAACAUUCCUCAUGACAAACCACUUCCUGGCACGGAAGAUGCAAUGCCUCAUGUUAUCAUUGGAGAUGCAGCAUUUCCUUUGGGAAGGCAUUUAAUGAGACCAUAUCCUGGUAACCAGACUUUAGCCUCUGAAGAGAAGAAAGUGUUUAAUUAUAGGCUAAGCCGAGCACGACGGGUCAGUGAAAAUGCGUUUGGCAUACUAUGCAGAAGGUUUAGAAUAUACGAAAGACGAUUAUCCAUGACCCCUGAACAUAUUAACAUUGUAGUGGCAGCAACGUGUUGUUUACAUAACUUUUUAAUUACCAAUGUGGGGUUACAAGACGAUUUAAAAGAAAAUAAUGAAACAUUGGAAGGAUUAGUGAAUUUACCACACUUUGGUGGAAAUGCAACACAACUUGCUCUCAGUAUUCGGGACAAGUUUAAACAAUAUUUUGUAUCGAAUUUCGGAUCACUACCUUGGCAAUUACAGGUCGUAAGAAGAGGAUUUCGUCAUCACGAAUAAUAUAUACUUCGCUACCGUCUAUUUUACAUAUAUGUAUCUGACAUAUUAUUAUUUCAUUAGGUAAAUAAAUGCGUCUGAAAUACCUAUGUACUUACCCCUUAAUUUCAUUAAAUCUGCAAUUUCUUGCCAUAUAUUGUUUCUCCUCUGUUCGUCGUGGUACCUCGCAUCUUCCGUGUCGUACAGUUCCUUAUACUGGGACACUAAUGAUAUUAGCAAUUCUUCGUCCAUUUCUAAUUAAUUACCUAGUUAAUUUGUGGGCAAAGCAAUAAAUAAUUAACCAAAAAUACUAAAAUGCGUUUGUGCUGCUAUCGCUCUACGUUAACUUGAGACGGGUCGCAACGUGCCGUCCGCAAUAAUCCGCCUAUGAGGCAAAACAAAAAUCCGUUGCGUUCCGCCCCGAUGCGACGCGCCUCGAGUGGACGCACUCUUAUUUGUUUCCACGUGAGAGUAUCAUU